CGCCAUUUGCGAGCCGUUCUCGUCCGAUCCACCUACUGCCGUGAUUCGCACACCGCGUUUCUUCAUGCUCGCGUGUUCGACUUUUCUAAUUCGCUUUUGCUAAUGACACUUCUAAUGCCCGUUUCUUUUCUGCAGUGAUUAGCUUUUGCUUCGUCGUUCUUUCUUCGCUCGCCACUUUCUUUCUCGUAAGCUGCUGGGCAGCCCGGCCACCUUCGCACUACCGACUUUAAUUUUCCGGCGUCGACUAAUACUACCUCGACCAUGUUUUUCAAGAGCGCUUUUGUAGGCACUCUGCUUGCUGCUGGACACGCAACUGCCUUCAAGGGUCCCCAAGUGAACGCGCUUCUCGAGCCGGGCCAGGACGUGGAGGAGGUACUUCGGAGGGACGCAGAGCUCAUGGCAACCCUUACUCAAAGACAAGAUGCCAACUCUGCCGAUACAGCACCACUAGCAUCGCUGACACCCGCGACUGGUGAUGCGUCGGGUGUCGAUCAAGCGAAGUGGGAGCAACAGACAAAGGAAGCAUGUAUGAGCACGCUCAGCAACCUUAACGGCCAAGCGUCGAACCCGAGUGGAAUCGCCGUGUGCUACAACUUACCUUUCCUUGACAACAAGACGGGUGUCUUCCAGGCGGAGCUCCGAAUGUAUAAUGUAUCAGCUCCCAUCAACCCAUGGGUUGGCGUCACCGCGGCCGAUGUCAGCAUGACACUUUCGUACCUCGGUGCGACUGUGCAGAACAUGCAAGGCAACUUCACCAAGCGGGAUCUCAGCUGGCCAGUCAGUGAGGGUAUGCUGGUGGAGAGACAGGACAUCAACACCAUGACGGAACUCAAGGUCCUCAUGUAUGUUGGAAGGAUCAAUGAGAACCUGAUGGGCUCAGCCAUGACCCAAGAAUCCCUCCAGCCCCUUCUCAUCCCACAAAUCGACCUCGCUGCGCGAAACCCUGCUACCGGCCAGGACGUCGAGACUACACUCUCUUCCCAAGAGGCAUCAUUCGUCAACGGCAUCUUCUCCAAAGCAGGCAACGCUCCCACCAACGCAGACCCCCAAGCAGCAGCAUCCGCAUCCGCUGCCGUCUCAUCGGCCGCGCCAUUCAUCAUCCCCGGAACUGCCUUGGCUUUCUUCCCAAUCGGUCUGGUCGUCACAUCAGUAUGGGCGCUCUUCUUCUUCCUUGCCGUUGGAUUCGGAACAUACGGUCGCAUCCAAUACCGUGACCAAUACAGGAGGCGUGUACGCGCUGAGUUGGCACGUGGCGUCCGCACCAUCUAAUAUUCGACUUGGUGUCUCUGUUCAUUGCUUCGCUAUUUCUAAGAGCUAGUAUCGGAAAUUUAGGCUACUAUGAAGAUUACGUUCGCUGCUAUACCCCUUCCCUUUUACACCUUGUACAUAAUUCUGGUGGCGAUGGAGCUAGCUCCUCGCACCAUCUUCCCAGCAGCAUCCCGGCGAUGAGUCCCUACAUGUUCUCAGCAGCGCGAUAGAAAAGCACAUUCAAGCAAGUAAAACAAUGGAAAAUUCAGUAUUGUCGC